GAAGGCAUUGAAGUUGCAGUAGAUAGAUUAACUGUCAAGUCUUUAAAUUGUAAAGAAGGAGGGGUUGUAGGCCCGAUGAGUUGCUCAGCACAUUUUAGCUCUUCAGCUAAACUAGGGCAGGAUAAAUCUUCUUGUCUCCCGAUCAAUAACUUUGUGCUACAGAGAGACACAUCAAGGUCAUCUUCAUCGACCCCUAAAUUGAGGUCAGGUGCUGUUGGUGUUACUUUCCUGCCUCCACUUUUAAAUUCAUUGCUCUCCCUUUUAUAGAACUGCGUAAUUUCAGUUUGUUUGUAGCUAGAGAGAGUCCCACACCCAGCAGAAAAAGCCGGCAGCUCAGACAUGAGGGAAGCACCCUGGGCUCUACAUGCACUUCUGGAGCGUGACGGAGGAGGCGCUCAGAGCAGCGCUUAUGCAACCGGCUGACCUACUAACACACAUUCGCCGGGCGAAGGAAGUAGGGCGGCGGCGGCAGGAGCGGCGGCGCUUGGAGAAGACGCGCGGCAGGGCGAAAGCAACUCGGGGGCUCCCUGGACGGCCACUUUCCCCCAAAGGCGUUUCUGUUGCCUUCUGGGCCUGACACAGCGGCUGCCACUGGCUCCCUUCAUUUCCCACUGUGCCUGCCACCCGGUAACAUCUCUGCUCUUGUUGUCAACCAGAGUCCAGAUGCAAAGACCCCCGGGGUUCCAGUGAACUGAAGGUCAUCCUCCACACAGCGAACAGGACCGCUAAAACUUUGAAUUGCCUGGUCCUCCAGCUGAAGGAAAUUCAGCUCCCGUGAGCGUCCCAGAAGAUGGUCUCCUUGGGUUGGACAGUUCCUUUUGCACUGGUAGGAACUCAGAGCCCAUUUGACUGUUGCAACUGGAGGACAGCUCAAGACUGUAUUGGAAGUAGUUGGAAGUAGCUCCCCUGGCACUACAGCUUGAAACCAGCUUUAGGUGCAGGGCUGGAAAGAAGCAUCCGUUCCAGCAACAACUGGAAGUUAAGCAUUCCGGCGGCAAGCAGGCAGAGCACAUCUGAACAUUGGUGCACAGGGGACGUCAUAACUGCCUCCCCCCGACACGAUGGAGAGUCUCAGCUCGCCUACGUUGUGUGUGGCGGGAAGUUUCCCUGCAUUCCAUCAAGAUGGCAUGAUUCAGCGAGCCCGGACACUGAAGAGCAAGCCCAGUGCCAACUGCAGACGAAAGCGAGAAUUUAUCUCUGAUGAGAAGAAGGAUGCCAGCUACUGGGAGAAGCGUCGGAAGAACAAUGAGGCUGCUAAGCGCUCUCGGGAGAAGCGGCGUUUUAACGACCUGGUCCUGGAGAACAGGGUGUUGGCGCUCAAUGAGGAGAAUGUCAGGCUGAAGACGGAGCUGCUGCAGCUCAAGCUGCGCUUUGGCCUCAUCAGCACCGCGGCCUUCAUGGAGAAGAGCCAGCAGCUGAGUGCAGCCAGUGCCAACGCCAUUGCCCACUUCUAUGAGAGCAGCAACAGCAGCAUGUAUUCCGGCUCUUUGUCCCGGACCCACCACUCGGAGGACUCCUCUGAAACGGAGCAGUCAAGCCGGGACAGCGGCAGUGUGUCAGUAGCCAAGUAUUCGCCCCGGGGCUCCCUCUCCGACAUGUCGGAUGGCUCCUCUCGGGAUAGCCCGGUGCCCCAGACACUUGGUGAGGCCCAGGCAGUCAGCCGAGCCUAUGGGGAUGCUCCCCUGCAGCACCACCCAGAGCCCAAGGCCCCAGUUCCUCGGGGCGUCAUCCUCUUCAGUGCCAAUGGCUUUACUGCCGUGGCGGCUCCCCAGCCGUUGUUUGUUGAACAGGAAGAGCAGACAGGAAGCAGGAUGGCCGAGAUACCCCAAAGCUCCUGCAUGGAGCACAAAGCCCAUGGCCAGCAGGAGGAGCAACAAGCUCAUGCGGGGUACUGCCCCGAGCCUCAGAGCUAUAGCACACCCACCAGUUAUUUGGAUGGGGAGCUGCCCCAGACGGAGCACAUGAGGAAAGCCCAGGAGCCCAGGUCCCCCUUUGAGGGCUACUCCAGUGAGGAGAGCGGUGAGGAACCCAGUUGGGGUUCCUCGCCUGCUCCUUAUCCGGGGCCUCUGGAUGCCCAUCCCGAUGUCAAGACAGCAGCCCUUCCUCAUAAGCUUCGCCUCAAGUGCCGGGCACACAGUAGUGGGGUUCAAGAGCCAUUCCCUGGUCCUAGCGUCACCUCAGUGGGCUGCUGUCAGGAAGCUCCAGUGGCACCAGACUGGGACAGUGACCAUCACGAGGAGAUGUCAGCCUUGGUGCGGCAAGCCUUGCUUCUGAAUGAGCAGCCCGUCUCUGGAGGUGCCUUGGAGAGACGUUUGUGUCGUGGCUCUGGGCUCCGCUCAGACAACUCAGUACCCAAGGACCAUAUCAGCAGGCGGGAGGAUGGUUGUCAUGAUGAUGGCCCUAGGCCCACUUGAAGGAGACUCAGGGGUGGGUAAAAACUUGUGGUUUUUUUUGUUUUUUAAACUGUUCUGGGGUUUUGUACAAGAAAGAAAUUCUACAUGACAAGAUGAACCUCAUGACAGGAUGAGCCUUGGAUUUGGGGAGAAGAAGAGGGCUUUGAUCUAGUUAGACCUCAGGCUUCAGAAUCUAGGGGAGUAGCAGUCAUGAAACGAAGGGAUCAUGAUUGGGUUGGACUUGAAGGAGGUCUUGGGAAAAGACAGACUGGAGCCGAGAUCUAGAAAGUGGUUGGGUCCCUGCUUGGUUAGGCCUGGAAUUCAGUUUGUAGAUGGAAUUGGCCUCUCUGAGCUCAGCUGGCUAUUCAGUCAGUCACUGCAAGAAUAUUGUUACUUGAGCUGGGAAUGACGAUCAACAGAGAACACUGAGAAGUUGGCAUCUAAAUCCACCCCAAGCUGGUGCUUUGGCUCCUGGGUAACCAUAACUGAUGCAACUUGUGGAUUGCCAGCAACUACAUCGUUUUCUGGGUCAGGAACUGCUUGGUUGAACAGAAAUAUUUGUGAUUUUAAAUACUACAAUAAAUGUACAGAAAAUCUUAAGAAA